GUCCUAUUUUCAGUGCCGUCAUAAAUGUCACAGCAUUAACGACACGAGACUUGUUGCAAACUCACGCAGAGCAGAUUCCUCGUCAUCCUGACAACAGGAAUAAAUUGCAUCGGUUUGAGGCGUUUUCCUCGGCGUUUUCCAGGUUCAGGAGCGCCGCGGACGCCAGUCAGGAAUGAAACGGCGGUUCUGCUGCGCGGCCGGCAGCCACUGCAUGGUUUAUGCUCGGUGUCACCAUCUGGAGAUGGGAAAUGCUUCAGACGCAGCCUCUUUGUUUGCCUCGAGCAUCUCGAAGGAGCACGACAUCCUCAUGGGUUCCGUCUACAGCUUGUUUUGUAUCCUGUCCCUCAUAGGCAACUGCCUUCUGCUGCUUGUUGCUUUUCACAAGAGAUCAACUUUGAAACCAGCAGAGUUCUUCAUCAUCAACCUCUCCAUCAGCGACCUUGGGAUGACCCUGUCUCUGUUUCCACUGGCGAUACCGUCGGCCUUUUCACACAGGUGGCUUUUUGGAGAAAUUACCUGCCAGCUUUAUGCCAUGUGUGGAGUGUUGUUUGGUCUCUGCAGCCUGACAAACCUCACUGCCCUCUCCUUGGUGUGUUGCCUUAAAGUCUGCUUCCCUACUUAUGGGAACAAGUUCUCGCCCUCACACGCCCGCCUCCUGGUGGCCGGAGUGUGGUGCUACGCAUCUGUGUUUGCGGUGGGGCCCCUGGCACAGUGGGGGCAUUACAGCGCUGAACCUUACGGCACGGCCUGCUGCAUUGACUGGCACGCACCCAACCAGGAGCUUUUAGCUUUGACAUACAUAGUCUGCCUUUUCGUCUUUUGCUAUGCACUGCCCUGCACCAUCAUCUUCCUCUCCUACGGUUUCAUUCUGCUGACAGUGCGGGGAUCGCGUCAGGCGGUUCAGCAGCAUGUGUCACCCCAGACCAAGACCACCAAUGCACACGCUCUCAUAGUGAAGCUGUCCAUAGCAGUGUGCAUUGGUUUCCUGGGAGCCUGGUCCCCCUACGCUGCCGUGGCGAUGUGGGCUGCUUUCGGAGACGCCACAACCGUCCCUCCUGUUGUGUUCGCCCUGGCCGCAGUGUUGGCCAAGUCUUCCACCAUCUACAACCCAAUGGUCUACCUGCUGUGCAAGCCCAAUUUCCGCGAGUGUUUAUGUAGAGACACGUCUACACUGCGACAGAUGAUCUACAGGGGCAGUCCACAGCCGCAGGAGCGAUUCAGCUUCACUCCACAGCGCAACAAGGACACGAGUGCCUCCACAAGGUUCUCAAACGGUCAGCAGGAAAGCUACGGGGCGUGUCUGAACUGCACCGAGAAUGCAGCGCUGUGUCAUGCGACCGCUCCGCAGAAGACUGCCUGCGUCCUGACGGGAUCCACCUACACCGAGGUGACAGUUAGUCAGCUCUCAGCCACACCAGGAACAGAUUUCAUCUAACAGAGCGACUUGCUUCAAACACUAGAAAAGACCUGAUGUAACCUGUUUCCUACUCAAUCUAAACACCAUGGCAACUCCACAGGACUGCAAUGAGCUGCUGUGGAAUCCUGAAGGACUGAAAUUACAAAUCUGCACUGGUCUGAGUCAGCCUGAACAGAUUUACCACUGACAUUUAUGUUUGUCUCAAGGUUUACUUCACUUUAAGGUUGCUGGUGGCUUUAUUUUAUCCAACAGACAUUUAGGACUCAAAAUCUGUAAAAACUAAGACAGUGGUGCUACUGCUGGAUCAGGGACACUUUGUUUCCCUUGUAAAAGAGGAAAUACAGAGACACGGGAGAUCACAUGAUAAGAAAGGUAAAUGUGCAGCUGUAAAGUGUUUCUCAACUUAAAAUCACAACUUCCUGUUGAGUUGAACACCUCUGUGUGAAUGUGAUGUAAUCAUUACAACUAGGAUUCAUUAAAAAAGAAACUUCUUUGGUAACAAACGCAAUGCAAAAACACUAAAUCUUACCAAGUACUUUUGGUCUAGUAAAUAUCUUGGUACACUUGA